AUGUUUGUUCAAAGUGUGGUAUCAUUGGACAUUUGCGGAGAGUGUGCACGGUGCAGAGAGCGGGGCAGCAGGGGGGCAGUCGACCCCGUAUGCAAAGGGGUGGACCUGGAGGCAUGGGUAGCACACGGGCUCACUAUGUGCACGGCGAGGAGGUGCCCGAAUGUAGAAGAUGCACCGACAGUGGCGGCGCCGGCGCGGGGGCCAUCGUUGAGGAAAGUUAUAACGACGACGAUUAUGAGGAGCCAGUAAUGCAAAUGUCAUUGAGCAAUUACAGACCGAUACCCUAAAUUAUUUGAUGGCGAGUUGGGGCGUUUCAAUGGUGGCAAGGCGAGGCUACACGUGCGCACGGACGCGGUCCCGGUGUACUGCCGCGCGCGGCCGCUGCCGUACGCGCUGCGUGAGCGCGUCGACUCCGAGCUGGACGCUAUGCUGGCGGCUGGCGUGGUCAAGCCCGUCGACUGCUCCGACUGGGCCACACCGCUUGUAGUGGUCAGCAAGCCCGACGGAGCCAUUCGGAUAUGCGCAGAUUAUAAGGUGACAUUGAAUCGUUACUUAUCGAUCGACAAGUUUCCUGUGCCCAAGAUUGACGAUUUGUUAACUAAUUUAGGAGGUUGUCAGUACUUUAGUAAUAUUGACCUGUCUCAAGCGUACAAUCAAAUUGAACUUGAUAAUGACUCUAAAAAGUAUACGGUUAUCAAUACCCAUAGGGGUUUGUUUAUGUACAAUAGAUUGGUGUUCGGACUGGCUUCUAGUCCGGGAAUAUUUCAGAGAAUGAUGAUAAAUCUUUUAGGAGAUAUACCUAAUGUAGUUAUAUUUUUAGAUGAUGUUUUAAUUGCAACUGAAACGAAAGAAAAGCAUUUUAAAAUAUUAGAUAUGGUUCUGCGUCGAUUGGUGGAAUACGGAAUGAAAGUUAAAAAAGAAAAGUGUGCUUUUCUUGUAAGUAACGUCAAGUAUUUGGGCUAUGUAAUCGAUAAAAAUGGAAUACGGGCGGAUCAGGACAAAAUAAAAGCAAUUGUGGAAUUAAAAAGUCCCAGGGAUGUUUCGGAAUUGAGAUCUUUUAUCGGAAUGGUAAAUUUUUACAGCAGAUUUAUUAAAAACCUGAGUACUUACUUAAAUCCGUUGUAUAAUUUACUAAAGAAAUGUGUGAAAUGGUACUGGGGCGAGGAACAAAAGCACGCUUUUUCCCAAGUUAAACGUUUGUUGAGUGAAACAAUUAUAUUAACUCAUUACGAUGGGAGUCGACCCAUGAUAGUGACUUGUGACGCGUCAGCGCACGGGCUGGGGGCCGUGCUGGCGCAGCGCGACGCGGAGGGGCGCGAGCGGCCCGUGGCGUGCGUGUCGCGCGCGCUCACGCCCGCCGAGCUCAACUACAGCCAGAUCCAGAAGGAGGCUUUGGCUAUCGUGUAUGCCGUGAAGAAAUUCCAUCAAUAUCUGUUUGCACGUCAUUUUACUUUACGAACAGACCACAAACCAUUGGUUACUAUUUUCGGCCCCCAUCAAGGUAUACCGAAUAUGACAUCUAGUAGGCUACAAAGAUGGGCAUUAAUUUUAUCCGCGUAUAACUUUGGUAUAGAAUAUGUAAACACGGAAAAAAAUGUGGCGGAUGCUUUAUCGCGGAUGUUAAUGAAACAUAAAGAAACCCAAGUGAGCGAGUACAAUGAGCUGCCCGAGCAAACAUACCUACACUUCGCAUCGGAUGCUUUAUUAUUAGAUUAUACACAAAUUAAACGGGAAACCGCAAAUGAUUGUGUAUUGAGCAGGGUGCUUAGUUACAUAAGAGACGGAUGGCCUCAUAAAAUGGAUAUGAAAGAACUGCAACCCUUUUUCACUAGAAAAAACGAGUUGUAUGAAGAAAUGGGCUGCAUCAUGUGGGGUUAUCGUGUAGUCAUACCUAGGUCAUGUACAGGGAAAGUUUUAAAAGAGUUACAUGAUUCUCAUAUGGGGAUUGUAAAAACGAAGCAGGUAGCGCGUAGUUACGUGUGGUGGCCAGGGUUAGACGAGGUAGUGGAGGACGUGUGCCGCGCAUGCGCCGUGUGCGCCAGUGUGGCGGACGCCCCGCCUGCGCACACGCCGCGCAGCUGGCCAUGGCCUGCACGUCCCUGGACCAGAUUACAUAUGGACUUUCUUGGCCCAUUUAAUGGAAUUUUGUACUUCGUUACUAUUGAUGCAGGGUCAAAGUGGAUUGAAAUUUCGAAAAUAAACAAUACAUCGGCAAAAAGUGUAAUUAUCAAUUUACGAGAUAUGUUUGCUAGAUUUGGCUUACCAAAGCAAAUAGUAAGUGAUAAUGGUCCACCAUUUAGUAGCGCAGAAUUUUCAUUGUUUUUGAAAAGUAAUGGUAUUGAGCAUAUUACGGCGGCGCCAUAUCACCCCGCAUCUAAUGGCGCGGCGGAAAAUGCGGUGAAAACUUGUAAAAAAGUAAUAAAAAAAGCGUACGCUCAAGGGGUAGAUGUCGAAACAGCUUUAAAUAGGUAUUUGUUGAUGUAUAGGAAUACUGAACACAGUACAACAGGUGUAAGCCCAGCCAAAUUGUUGCAAGGACGAUCGCUACGCACCAGACUGGACUGUUUGAAGCCAGAGCGUGAUUGUCACGUUCAAGCCGCUCAACGACGACAAGAGAGGGCGGUAGGAGGGGUUGUGAGGGAGUUUAAAGAGGGAGCAGGGAUAUGGUAUCGCAGCUAUCGUCCAGGCAAAGAUAAGUGGUUGGCAGGGAAAAUAGUAAAAAAGUUAGGCAGUACAAACUAUGAGUUAGAAACGUCAGAGGGCACUAAUAUACAUAGACAUGUCGAUCAGAUAAGAGUGCGUUCUUUGUCAUCAAUUAGUUGUCCUCCGCGGAGCAGCGGCCUGUCGCCUCAGUCUGUAUUGGUAUGUCCGAGUGGCUCGGCGGACAGCGGCGGUGCUGGCGGCGCCGCCGGCAGCGUAGCGGCUGGCGAGCGGCCGCGUGCGGCGGAUGCGCCGGACCCUGCCCUCAUUGAUACGCAUACUCGACCUUUAAGAACUCGUAGGCCACCAAGAUAUUAUGGUUUUGAAAUAGAUUAAGAUGGUAUUAGAUUGUAAAGUAAUAAUAAGUUAUAUAAUUUAGCUACUGUUUUGAGUUAUUUAUUUUGUAAUAAGAUGUGUAUACUGUAGAGGACUUUCAAGAUGAUUUUGUAAGAUUCGUUAGUAAGGAGUAGAUAUUUUAAUAUAGAUAUUAGAAUAAGGGUGGAGGUGUAAUGUAGGUAUUAGGUUAAUUAUCUUUUAUAAUGUAACGUAUUAUGUAGGUAGUCAGCGAGAGCCAGUUUCGAUUAUAACGGUGUUACGA